GUUUACGCUUCCUGUUACAUUGACUUACAGAGGUUAACGAUUUGAUGCUUCCUGUUAUUGUGAAAUUUACUUAUUCUUGCCAGAUCUACAAUACUUAGAUACCCUCCUCACCUUAAAACCAGAAUGUCUGCUUUGCAGGAACGUUCAAAUAUUUCUAUGAUGCCUUACACGCUUGGUAUUUUGCUGUUGGUGUUUUGGCUGUCAGUUGUUCGAUCUGACGAUAGAGGUGUAUACUAUGACACUUUCCCAAGAAAUUGGCAGGAUUCUUCAAGAAAUUGUCAGCAAUUGGGAGCUUGGGAAAAUACCGAUUUCAGCAUUGAAGGAUUCAGGGUACCAGCCCGACCGUCCGGUUUCCCUCGGGAUCAGUUUUUCUGGAUCGGGGCAGAUGUUCAUCAAACGCCAUGGUUUACACUUUUGGGUUGCUUCGAGACCAAUGACGCUGACGAAGCAAUUGAAUUAAAGAAGAUUGCUCAUCAUGGAAAACCCACAUUUGACUGCUACGCUUACUGUGCUUCCUACGAUGAUGUAACGACAAUAGGCAUAUCGAAGGUGGCAUGUUACUGCUAUACCGAUGUAGAGAAACACCGCAAGGCAAAGGAACAGUGCGAGUAUGAGACUUUUCCAGAGUACCCCGGUGAACUGUUUGGUGGACCUAAUGGGGGAAGUGUGGUGGUGUACAAAUACAACACACACAGUCCAGCGACAUAUACCCAUGAUUUUGGUAAUUGCGCUGGUGUGAGAUAUCUAGGGACAUUUCCUAUACCUCAUCAGUUUUCUUCCUGUCUGAACAGAAUUGGGUAUAUAUGUGCAAAUGGCCAAGUAUCAACUGCAGAGGUUACCUGGACUGAGGCUGUCAAACGGUGUGGUACUUUGAAGACUGACGUCAUUGGUCAUUAUACAGACUUGACUGAUUCCGUUAAAUAUCGUCCAUUGUGGACAGGGUUCUACAGACAAAGCUAUGAAUACUGGAGUCCUCCUGGUGAAAACGUAGGAAACAACCCAGAACGGAAACAUUGCAUAGCAGUUAAAGUAAAUGAAGAUGGAACACUUUAUCCAGUCACCUAUCCUCAAAUUUGUUCAAAAACAUUGCCUUCCUUAUGCGAAAGGUCUACAAAAGUUGAUGGUGGAUGGACAGAUUGGUCUGAAUGGAGCGAAUGUAAUAACGAAAAUGGAGAGUGGAAAAGAUCGAAAACUCGCACAUGCACCAAUCCUUUACCACAACAUGGCGGAAAAGAUUGCGAGGGAGAAGAAAUGAUAGAGGAAUCUUGUAUUCCACCUACUCCAGCCCCAAGUCCACUUGAUGGUGGAUGGACAGAUUGGUCUGAAUGGAGCGAAUGUAAUAACGAAAAGGGAGGGUGGAAAAGAUCGAAAACUCGCACAUGCACCAAUCCUUCUCCACAACAUGGCGGAAAAGAUUGCGAGGGAGAAGAAAUGAUAGAGGAAUCUUGUAUUCCACCUACUCCAGCCCCAAGUCCACUUGAUGGUGGAUGGACAGAUUGGUCUGAAUGGAGCGAAUGUAAUAACGAAAAUGGAGAGUGGAAAAGAUCUAAAUCUCGCACAUGUACCAAUCCUUCUCCACAACAUGGAGGAAAAGAUUGCGAGGGAGAAGAAAUGAUAAAGGAAUCUUGUAUUCCACCUACUCCAGCCCCAAGUCCACUUGAUGGUGGUUGGUCUGACUGGUCUGCCUGGAGCGAGUGCUAUUUUGUAAAUGGUAUGGAUAAAAAAUCUAAGACUCGCACUUGUACCAAUCCUUCUCCACAACAUGGCGGAAAAGACUGCGAGGGGGAUGAUAAAAUAGAACGACCUUGUAUUUCACCUCAGUUUGCUCCAGGAAAAUCUACUCCAAGAUGGCUCCGGCGGGGGAAUUAUCGGCUGAGAACAAGAACAACUUUUAAUAAACGUAAACAAUAAUCGUCGAUUAUUUGUUUGCGCUUUUAAAAUAAUGAAAAAUGGUACAACAUCGAUUCGAAUGGAAGAAAACAAAUUGAUAAUUUGGAAAACUUUAAAUAAUCUUAAUGAUACUCUUUUUUUCAUUGGUUUUCAGAAUCUUUUUGAUACUGUGAUGUAUCUGGUAAACCUAUGUAUCUUUAUUUCCGCCAUCCAGUGAUGUCAUAGGUUUUUGCAAAACUGGUAUUGAUAUAAAUUCAUAUCCAGUGGAAAUUUAUAUAUCCUUAAAAGAAUGUAAUUAUUUCAAUAGGUGCAAUGAAAACAAAUAUUAUUUAGAAAAAGAAAUUGAAAAAUUGAAAAACAAUAUACUUUACAAAUUUUGUUAAGGGCAAUAACUACUUCUCCUGAUUCUUCAAUCAGGCAGUUUUGGAUGUAAAAAUGUUUUCCCAAUAUUCCUAAUUCAAACAUAUUUAUAAAGUAACAAUUAUUUUUGUAACUUUUAGCCUCAGACUUAUGUAUUGAAAGUAAGCACUUUCUUUACUUAAUUUUUAAAAUAGUUUUUACUGAAAUAUAUUGACUUAAGUUGACUUUAUAAUAUAUACUUGUGUUUAUUUAUGCCUUACAUCUUAAAAAAACAUGGCAACCUACUCUGUUUUGCGAAUAUUCAUAUAUUGAACCUUUAUUGUUUGAAUGAAAAUGCAUUUUUUUGUUUACUACUUUUAACCCAUAAAAUUGUGAAGAUUGAAAUAUUUUAAUCAAGUGAUUUAUUUUUUUAAAAAUUGAAGUAAUAUUAAAAAGGUUAUUGGAAUAUGACUCUUACGUAUCUAACUACGGUGUCCAUGAUGAGAAAUGAAACGAAUAUCUUUUUGCUGAUAUACAAUAUUGAUAGAAGACAAUUGCUCCGGCCUUUCUACAAGAAAAUAUUGAAGUUUUUCCACAAAACAAAUAUCUUAUCUAAGCAAUAAACAAUGUAUAGAUUACAAGUGCUACUUCCUCUAUUAAUUCGUAUACGUAUUUGGUACCUUUGUUCUGAAAUACUUAUACAUUUAUCUGCAUUAAA